GAAUCGAUUGAUGCCAACGCCGAUGGGAACGUUACAUUUUGGGAGUUUGCCCGGGCAGUAGCCGAUGGUCCUGUAGCACAUACGCUUCAGAAUUUUGUGACCAGAUUUCGUGGCUUGGUGACGUUUCCUUUGCCCAAAGGUUGUGGCUUGGAUUGCGGCUUUGUCACCAAGCCCAGCUACGAUUAUUCGAAGCCCACUUUCGAGAAUUACCGGGAGGACACCCUGAAGUUUCACGGCAGUUUCCGCAAGAUUCGCGAGCUCCGUGAUUACGGCUACCAUGUAAACUACACCAAAGAGCGGCAACUAUGGCAAGACCAGGCCAUCAAGAGUGUCAUUUCACGGGUGGUGGAGCAACCUGCCCCUUGGCUGGUCUACACCUGUGGCCCCAUGGGCGUUGGCAAGGGCUACACCUUGUCAUGGAUGUCCCAGCAUGGUUUUUUCCCCCUGGAAAAUAUCGUGCACAUCGACCCGGACGCCUUCAAGAUGAUGAUGCCCGAAUGGCCCGACUACGUGGCCCGAGACCGCGACUCCGCGGGGACCAUGUGCCACAUGGAGUCCAGUUUCAUGGUGGAGGUAGCCCAGGCAGCAGCCAUGGAGAAGCGACAGAAUAUUUGGGUCGAUGGUUCAUUGCGUGAUGCUGCCUUCUAUGAGCAAGUCUUUCGGCGGAUCCGUCAAACGCAUCCACACUACCGCAUCUCCAUUUUUUACAUCAGCGCCUCGGAGCACGCCAUCCGCCAGCGCAUCAAAGUCCGCGCAGAGCAGACCGGCCGCGACGUGCCGGAGCACCUCAUUGUGGCAUCGUUGCAGGCAAUGGACAAGUCCCUGAACACACUGACUCCUUUGUGUGACUUUGUGGCCCGCAUCAACAACGAAGGUCACGAACCCACUCUGGUGGCUUUCGAGACGGUAGACACCAAAGGCAAUUGGAGAGUGAUCAGCGACAGGUUUGCCAGGACCUACUAUGAUCCGAGCGCAUUUCCACAGUCCAAGCCAACACAGCGGCUGAGUUUGGUCGAUGGUAAGUUCACCAGCCUCAUCACUGACAGCAAACUGGACAAGGGAGCCUUUCAGCUGACGGUCUCCCUGGAUUCCUUGGCAGAGGCCAAAGGUGUUGCUGAGAUAUUUGGGUCGAGUAUUCUGCUGACGGCCUCCCAGCGGUUUGAUUUGCCAUGGCACCCCCAUGCCAAACUGCCCAUCCCCAAGCAUGCCACCAGCGCGGCCUGGAUCUACCCAUCCCGCAGCAUAGCGGAAAGUUUUACUCAGCACCUGCAGAAAUGUGAGAGGUUGCAGGAUGACCAUCUGAAAAUCCUGGGGCAUUUGAUGCUUUAUGGCGGCUUUGCUUUUUACGGUGACGGCAUCUGUGCGAUUCUGGCAGUGACCACCCGGGAGAGCAAACAUCGCAUUCAAUUUGGCAAGCCGAUCACUCUGAAGCUCACCAGCAUCGAGGCUUCGCGCUUCCAAGAAAUUGUGAGUCCAUACUUCCUGAAACAGGGAGCUACGAAAUUUUGCUGGCUAAGUCCUGGGGAAGAAGUCAGCGGCUUGGAAAACCAUUGCAACGAUGGUGCCUUUGCGUAUCUCAUGGAGGAUGAAAGCAGCCUUCUCGCCUUUCCAGUGGUGUAG